UUUGGACACCAACAACAAGCAGUACAAGAUGGGAAAGCAAGUCACGAGCUACGUCGGGCAAAAGGUCCGCGCACUCAAGUUCCUGCAUGGAGCCAAGGGCGCGGCAUGCCUGGAAGGCGACGAAUGUGCCGUUCCAUUGCUUGUUGCUGGGGGAUAUGGCUCUGUUGACAACUCGAUCUCGCUGCUGUUCCCUCAAAUGCCCACAGUGGACCACAUGGAUUUGGCCGAUGAAUUCGAGGAGGAAGCUAACACCGAAAUCGGUGAGUUGAGCUCGGUGGCGCAUGCAGGGGACGUCACGUCCUUGGGGUUUCUCUCAGUUGCCAACAAUGACUUUGUCGUGAGCGGAAGCUCCAACGGAAGCCUUUACGUCAGCAGCAUUGUCAAGUCGGACUCGUCGCUUGCUCUCAAGUCAGUGGCGAUUCCUCAGUGGGAACACCUUUCCAUGGGCAGUUUGGCAGGCAUCGACGCGGACAGCCACUCGGCCUCGAUCGUCGCCGCUUGCGAGAGUGGCCAAGUGGCAUGGACCAACCUCGAUCGCCCGCAGGAUGUCCGCGUCCUGGAUGUGGACCAUUGGGCCAUUCACGACGUGAAAAUGCUCGGCGUCGACACCCACAUUGCGCUCGCGUGUGCCAACCCACGUCGACCACUGCAAUUGUGGGAUUUGACGGCCAGCCAGGACAGACCCGUGGCCUCCACGGGGCCGACGGGGGCGGCCUUCACGAGCUUGGCGGCGCAUCCGACGCGCCCAGAGCUGCUCUUGGCCGGCACAACUGACGGGUCGCUGACGCUGUGGGACCGUCGCAUGCUUGGGAACUCCGCUCUGCGCACGGAACGUCGUCACAGAAAAGCAGUGCGCAGUGUGACGUGGCACGACACCAAGCCUGGGUUUGUGUUCACCGCGAGCGACGACAGCACCGUGUUGAGCUGGGACUUUUACGCUGGAGCGACAUCCUCGACUUCCGACAAGGUGGACUACGAGCGUCAUUCCAGCGACGGUGGCGUGACUGUGACGACGGUGGCCAGUGGCAUUUUGCCUUGGAAUGCCUUGGACGUUGACGGAGUGUCCGACACGUUGGUUGCGGGCUCGGACAACCACUCGAUUGUGCUUGUGGACGGUGUCACAGAUGCCGCCACGUCGUCGUCUUGAUCGAUCGCCACAACGUCCCCAAGACAUGCUCAAUAGACUAUUUUGACAUUAUCGACUACUACUGUAGUACUACAAAUACAUGCAAUAUGGGGGCUAUUUGUCGCCUGGGAGACGAAGACUGGGGGCCACUUGGUGGAGUGCGUCGGUUGUGUCUACGUACGCGACCUUGGCGUAGAAACUGUUGUGAACAAA